AUGGAUGCUUUUUGUUGUUGCUUCAAAGUUCAGGAGGAACUUGAAGAUGACAUAAACAAUUCAAACAACCAACACCACAGCUCUUCUAAUGGCUUCACAGACUUGGUCUCCAAGUUUGCAACCUUGUUUAGAAACAAUGAGACACAACAUGUGCCAUCUAGAGUACUAGCAUGUUUGCUGACUGAAGAAGCAAAAACUAAAGUUGCUAAGAAUAUAUUAGAAGUAGAAGAAUGCCCCGUUUGUCUUGAAGAAUACACAACCGAAAAUCCAAAGAUACCAAUGAAGUGUUCCCACAAUUACCAUCUUGCUUGUAUAUAUGAAUGGAUGGAGAGAAGCAAUUUUUGCCCAAUUUGUGACCGGGUUAUGGAGUUUGAGGAAUCACUUGAUGCGCAAAUGCGAUGA